AUGAAGCUCUCACUCGCCUCAUUGGCGCUCGCCUGUUUGGCGACUCAGGCCACAGCAGAUUGGUUUGGCAAAGCAGCAUACGACAAGUGGCACGAGACGGAGCUUGAGAGAUGGCUCAGCGACCACAACGUCCCAUACCCCGCCGCAUCUGACCGCAAGGACCUGCAAGAAUUGGUCAAGAAGAACUGGGAGAACAACGUCGUCAAGCCAUACAACUCGUGGGACGUCAACCAGCUCCAGAGCUAUCUUGGCUCCAAGGGCCAGGAAGUGAAGAAGGGUACCGAGAAGAACAAGGACAGCCUCAUUCAGCAAGUCCAGAGCUACUGGUACCAGACCACUGACCAGGCCAACGACGCGUACUACAACGUUGAGCACUGGAUCUUUGACACCUGGACCGAGUCGCAGCUCAAGCAGUUCCUCGACAAGCACAACAUCCCCAACCCAAACCCACGCACUCGCGACUCUCUUGUCUCCACCGCGCGCUCUAACUACCACAAGGUCGCUGAGAAGGCCGGCGAGACUGCUGCCUACCCAGGCAACUGGCUCUACGACUCCUGGUCGGACUCUGACCUCAAGGCCUGGCUCGAUGAGCGCGGCGUGCCUGUCCCACAGCCAAGCACCCGUGACAAGCUCAUCGCUUCUCUCCGCCGCAACUCUAAGAUCGCCUCUGACCGCGCGAAGGAACAGUACGCCUCCGCCGCCAAGAGCGCCGAGUCUGCUCAGCAGUCUUUAAGCGACCAGCUUCUCGAGAGCUGGAGUGACAGCGAGAUCAAGGCCUGGUGCGACAAGUACGGCAUCCCAGUUCCACAGGGCAGCAAGCGCAACGAGCUCAUUGCCCUCGCCCGCAAGCACUCCCAGCAGGCUAUCCACGGCAACACCGCCUCAUCUGCCUCCAAGUCGGCCGCUUCCGCCUACGGUGCCGCCACUAGCAGCGCUGGCAACUACUACGCCCAGGCCACCGACGAUGCCUACAGCGGCUUCCGCUACUACUACGACGUCGUCGCCAACCAGCUCGGCUUCGCUUCCGCUGAGGCCUCCGCCAGCUUGAGCUCCGCUUCCUCUGUGGCCUCCAGGAGCUUGAGCUCUGCCUCUUCCACUGGCAGCAUCCAGGCAUCGAAGUCAUCCAUCGAGGCCUCCAAGUCUGCUUCCUCCGCCUCCAUCCAGGCCAGCAAGAACGCCAAGAGCGGUGCUUCCGAGGCUAGCAAGAGCGCUCAGAGUGGCGCCUCGGCCGCUAGCAAGUCUGCCCAGAGUGCAGCUUCCGUUGCCAAGGGCAAGGCGAAGAGUGCUACCGACCAGGCCAAGGCUGAGUUGUAA